AUAGAACAAAUACAUUCUGGUUUGUGAGAUGUUCAUUGUUCACUUAACCCUCACUGCAGCAAAAUAUGUGACUUAAAUCUCUCAAUAAGACUUAAAAAGCGAUGCCUGUUUAAAUGCUUGCCCAAGUAACGGUGUCAUUGGGGGUUCUGAUAUCGAUAGGCCCUAAAAUAAAACAUCUCACAUGUAUUCCUAUUGCUAAGGACACACUAGACCCAAAUUCACCUCACAGCCAUCGCCAGCUGCCAUUUUGCCUUUACCACAGUUAUGGAUCGUCAAAAAGUUAUCGUUCCAAGAUUGCGCAUACACGUUACACUUGGAAAGACGAACCUGUUGGCUGCCUUGUGUAGAAAUGGUUUGCCAUGUUGUAAAAACCUGGAAGAUACCUGGAAUGUUGUGUGUGCGGGUGAGCUGAGAGAAAGAAGGCGUUCUCGCUCAAGGGAGAGGAGGCACCGACACAGAAGAAGUAGAUCCCGAUCUAGGUCCCCCAAGAGGUACAGAUCAAGGUCGCCCCAUAGAAGAUCCAUUUCACCACGCAGACGGAGCAGAUCAAGAUCUAGAGACAGGAAAGAGAAAGGGCGAGAUCGAGGUUCUCGUGAUGAUGAGCCGACUACCUCCACCUCAGAACCUGAAGUCUCCAUAGAUGAAUCCCAGCUGGCUGGGAAAACAGAAGAUGAAAUAGCUAUGAUGAAGCUGAUGGGAUUCUGCAACUUUGAUACCACCAAGAACAAGCAAGUCAAUAAAAGUGAUACAUAUGUCGCCAAUAUACAGAGAAAGAGACGCUAUAGACAGUAUAUGAACAGAAAGGGUGGAUUUAACAGGCCCUUGGAUUUCAUUGCCUGAUUUAUCUAGGCUAUAGUGUAAGAAUGUGUGAAUUAGGUACACACACGUGGCAUUGUGGAUCGAGUGGCAGGCCUCUGUACACCACAGUGAGGAGACUCUUGGAGUGUGACCAGGUACUGUAAUGAUGGAUGGCCUGUGCUCAGGACUGAUCAUGCCAUGAGUCACUCAGGCCGCACACCUCAGAAGGAAUUUGACAAAUUUCAAAACGUAGUAUUUUGAGAUUCCAUUAAAACUGUACAGGAUGGUAAAGGGAACUCUCCUGAACGUUUAUAUUUUAUCAAGAUCCAACAUGAUGUUAUCUUCAUCUCGUCUUCAUUUGCAUGUAGGACAGUGUUGUACAUGUAUGCAGUGUAAGGGAUUUAGUUGAUGUUAUGUGUGUUUGAUUAAAAUUUUUAGUUUCUCAUUGCAGGUUUUAAAAUGUAUGCAUGUGUGUUUCAGUUGUACAACACUGUCCAGAGUUCAGUGUGGCUAUGCACACUAUACACUGAACAUUUGUGGAAUUGCCAUUGUGGAUAUGCCUAAAUGUAGUAUCUGACAGGAAAAUUAUACAAGCUUCCAUCUCUGUAUAACACAUACAACCCCUUGUCUCUGUCAACUCUGGGAUUAAGGUAGAUUAUCUUAAUCCCAGGUCAUCUCAAGUUCUGUGUGCCAAUAACUGAUCACCGUUGUGACUUGAGUACAUGUCCUUUAUCUUCUGCAAUCUUCAUUCAAUGAAAUAAAAA